AGAAUUGGUCAACAUUAUGAUCUCUUUCAUUGUUUUACUGAUAUAAAGUUAUUCGCCACUCAAGCUAUAGGGUAGGCCACACGAUUGAAGUUACUGGCCUUUGGGAAUGGUGACGCAUCAUUAAUAUUUAACCUGCCUGAGUCAGCUGAGUGUUUGGAAAAACGCCAGUUUUCGACGAUUUGAAAACAAUACCACGUGGACUACUUACUGGCAUUUUUGGACAGCCAGCCAGUGAGUGACCUUCGCCUCAGGUUUCAAGAACAAAAUUAUAUUUCGUCAAAAACACACACGUCUCAAUGUUCAACCUAAAACCUGUUCCUGGAUAAGAAUUGUGUCAUUAUUUAUGUACAAGCUCAUUUUUGUUUCGAUAUGUUAUUUCGCAAUUCGAUGAUCAGAAGGCUUAUCUGUUUCGAUAGUUUCCGUUAACAACAAUGUACCGUUUCAUCAAUGUAAGGAAAGGACUAAUCACCAAAGGAAUAACAGUAAUACACCAAAGUCAUUAUAUCCAGACAAGUAACGUUUCCGCAACCAAUUGCAAAACUCAUACCGCAGUGCAAUUGUAUUAUAUAUACCAGCAGAAGUUACAUCGAUUUAGACGUCCAGUGUAGGAGAGACCUGCUAAUCGAAUCUAACAGCAACAACAAGAUUGGAAGACUAUGCAAAGUCAUUAAAAUCAUCCCUCUGUAGCAAUUUCAACAAUGCCACGCCCACCAGCCUCUUCAAGUUCUGAUUCAGAUUCAAAUACUGAACAAUCUAGUAUUACCGACGAAGUCGAUCUGAUAGUCGGAGACUUAUAUUCUUCAGACGUUGUUCAACAUUUAGAGAGGCCAAGGCUUCUGUCUUUCAGUAAUACAUUUGAUGAUCUUGAACUAAGAUGCGUUUGUCGUACAGGGAAGUGCCGCUACAGUUGGCCUCGUCAAAAUCAGCGCCCACUUUAUACUUAUAGUAAAGAACCAAGCCACAGUGGGAAUAAAAAACCUGAAGCAAAGAAAAAAGUUUUUAACAAAAACGAAAAAACUGUGUUGACUGCUCUACGCAGCCUCGUAUCGUCUGCCACUGGUGGUAGGAAGAGCGGCAGGAAAUCAGUAAAAGAGGUCACUGGUGACAAUACAAUCAGUACCGGCAAAUUUGAGAAUGUUACUAAUGAAACAAAUAGGCCUACUGCAGAUUGUGAUUCUGACAGUGAAUCAGCCAGCGCAACGUGUGAUCUUACAAUUCCAUUCCAAUCAUAUGUAGACGCUAUCAAAAUUACGAAUGCCAAAAAUGAAAGUGUGACAACGUCAUCAAGUUCGUCUGAUUCGGAUGAUAUUUCAACCGACAAUUAUUCCGAAGAGGAGUUUAGGAGGGUUGGAGAAGCCGGCCGUACCGCCACUUUAACUGAACUUGAAAUGGUUGAAGUUAUAACACCAUCUCCAAUAGUUCGUUUGGUUUAUAUGGAAACAAAUGUUGAACCAAGUUGUGCCGAAACAACAAAAGUUGCUUCACAAUUUCAAAACCUUCCUUCAAAAAGCACAAAUGAUGCACUAAACGAAGCGACUGCAGAACAGACGUCACCAAACCCUAAAUCAAGAAAACGAUCGAAAAAAACCUUUGUAUUUACAAAAGCUUUAAAUAUGAAGAUAAAGAAACCAAAGUUCCUCGCGUCCUCGAAAAAGGGAAAAGUUUUGUCGAAUUCUCGAAAGCAAAAGUACACGCCACAUGAAAGCAAUGGGACCACUGAUCAUACAUCAACUACACUGACACCAACAUGUUCUGCUACGUCAAACAAAGUGACACCUCCUCCAACUAAAUCCAUUUUCACAAAGGACUUUCCAUCUUGUAAGUCUAGUAAACAAGAGCAAAACAUAAAACAUCCUUUGGGUGAACAUUGCGUCAUUCCCAAAGACGAAAAUCAAAAAGACACACAUUUUGACAAACGGGAAUUAUUUCUGUCAGGAGCUAGCAAUAUCCAUGAAUAUGUCGUUCAUGACACAACGAACUCCGGUCCAUUAUGCUCUCAGAGAUCCGGAAGUAUAUCGAGUAAUGAUUCAAAAUCUACGGAGUCGGAAGUUGAAGAAGAUGAAGUACGCAGCAUAGCGCAUGACUUGCGAAGCCUUCAUAUCAUCUCUAAUGACAACCCUAUUCGACUAAUCGGCUUCGGAAAAUUAGGAGGAAAACAAGAGUCGUAUGCGAAUCAGAAAUUACCUUUGUUAAAACGGUCAAAUCGUGUGCAGAAUACAAAGUAUGUGGAGACUGAUUUUUCUAAUGACCUCAAGUUUAGCCAAGUCAAGGAGGAAAAACAUUUGUAUGAUGAUCAUGUUGAGUAUACGACUUGUAAUGAUAGUGAUGUCAACACCAGUGACUCAGAAACGGACGCGGAAGAAAGUUGGCGAGCGGUAUAUGACUUCACGAAACCUUUACACAGAGAUUUUACUCCGGAGUGGUCAGACGAAUCUAGCUCCACUGAUAACUCCGCCAACUCAGAUAUAUUCAGUUCCGACGAUGAUGAUUUGGACAUAAGUGAUAACUAUAGCGUUUUGCAGCUUAAGAAAUUGGAAGGACUUACGAAAUCCGAGAAACUUCGAGAGCAAGCACCUAUUAGGUUAAUAGGAUUUAGCACAAUUCGAUAGAAUGGGCGUAUGGUCCGAGUGAAAAACAUAACAUGUUGGGAGUUUUAACCAUUUCUCUCGUCCAAAUGGUAUGGCACAGAUUUUUUGGCUGCUGCCAGAUGUGGGUGGGAAGGGGUGGUGGGGG